AUGGCACAUGAAGGAACGACGCCAAAGCAGAAGGUCCCCGCACAAUUGCCGGGCCUGCCUGGCCUUCAGAAAGGCACGACGCUCGACUUGUUUGACACCUCGCUAGACACGGGCUCCAGACGAAAAGGGUACGUCGGCAUAGGCAAGCGGCGUGGCAAGAAAGUUGCCAGGCUGAUCACAGUUGGUCAACACCACGCUGACCCGCCAACCGCCAAUUCAGGUAUUGGGCAUGCAGAUGCGAUCCUCUUUGCGCGCCAAGACGGUGACGUGACCAUCGUGCACCUGCCCGCGGAGCAGAAGGACGCGGAGGAUGCCUGCGCGCAUCGCGGACGGCCUCGAGGGCUUCCGGGCACGCACGCGAUGGUUGACGCGGACCUGCGCGUGUCCGGGCGGCUUGACGUGCUCGUGAACAACACGCCCAAGCAGGUGAUCACCAAGGACCUCGCUGAGAAUAAUCUCAACACGGUCGACAGCACAUUCCAGAGCAACAUCAUCAAGAUGUUCGCCCUCGCGAAGACCAUGAGUCUCCCUCUACUUGGCAUCUUGAUUUGCUCGCUGACCCUCGCCUGCCCCGUGCACACGCCCCUGCAGCCUGCGCCGCGGUCGGUAGACAAGAUGGAGGGGUUCGGCGACGAUCGCGCCGACAUCUUCGUGGCGUCCGCGGAGGCAGAACUGCACUCCGGCCAGAUCAUGCACCCAUACCCACUUGGGGAUUAG